UGAAACAAGAUUACUUGUAUUAACCAUUCGUGAAUAAUUUUCAAUGUUUUAUUUUUUUAUAUUUUAAUUUUUUGUUUAUAUCCAAAAAUGUCUAAUUUUGUAUUAUGUUUUCUCUAAACACUUAAUACCAUUACAUGAAAUUGUUAACAUUUUUAGAUUUUAAAUAGGCUGUUCAUAAAAUAUGAAUAAUAAGGAUAUUCGCGAGUUGAAUAAAGAUUUGAGUAAUUGUAUACGAAAGUUAGAUUCCAAUAAAAUCACUGAAAGAAAGAUAUUCAGAGAAGAACUAAAACAUCUCUUAGAACGUGACAAUAUUGUUGAAUUUCUAAAUAAUAAUUGUGAACUCAAUGAUCAACAUUAUGACAUUCCUGAAGAAAACUUAGUUACAUGGAAAAGUCUAUUACUAAGUUGUCACAAAUGCUUUAUUAUGGAAGUUGAGAAAGAGCUGAAAAAGCAAGUUAAAGUAAACAGUUUUAAAGUUCAACAGCCUAUUUUAGAUAGUUGUUCUUGUUUACUAAAAAUAGUUAUAAAUAAAGCUAACCAAACAAAACCAUGUCUACAAAUUGUAGACUUAUUAAAUUGCAUUAUGGAUGUAUCCAAGAAUAAUAUUUACCAAAUGUAUGCAGGAGAAGUAUAUUAUAAAAUCUUAGAACAAAAUGUACUGUCACGAAAAUAUUAUUGGCCAAUUUUAGGGGAAUAUUGGAAUGAUAUUUUUAAAUUAGCUUGCAAUAUUUACGUAGAAAACUUUCAAAGCAUUUCACUUAAAAUAAUGAAACAAAUUAUAAAUAGAGGACAUAAUCAAUCUUGUGUAACAUUAAGCAUAAAAAAAAGGUUAUUUUCUUAUUUAAAGAAAGCAAUAAAAGAUAGCAUUGAAACCAAUAAAGAUUAUACUUUCAAAGAAGACAUUAUUAACCUAGUAUAUACAGCUUAUAAAAUGAUUGGAGUUGAAUGCCGUAUGUCGCUCUGUGAAUUUUCCGAAGAAAAUGGAAUAACUCUAAUACAUUUUUAUAAAAAUAAUGGAUUAAAAAAGGUACAAAAAUAUAUGUAUAAAUUACUCAUCAAAUUUAUUGAAAUUCAUCAUCCUAAGUUGGUUGGUUUUGAACACAAAGCUUCAUGUAUUGUCAAUAAAAAUAUUUGGUCACAGGUUCUAUUUGAAAUAUAUCAAUUUGCUCAUCAAGAAAUUCAAAUUACUAAAAAUAAUCCCAUUGAAAAUUGUCUAUAUUACCUUGAACAGCUGGCUGUUGUAGCUUUUAAUGUGGUUUAUAUGUGUAUUAAAUCGGACUCGAUGAAUUUUACACCAAACAAUUUUUCUACAUCAAAGAAACAAAAGCUUGAUAUCAGUUUAUUAAAUUUUGUUGAUAAUAUAAAUCCUUUAAGGUCUAUAGAAAAUAAGUAUUUUUGGACAUCCAUAGUCACACAAAUUCUGAAAAGUAAUUCAACUACGGUACCAUUAUCUGAUAAUGAAUACAUUUAUUUGAUAGAAAAAAUUUCAAAAAUGUUUAAUGUUUGUAAAGAUAAAAACGUAGUCAAAUGUCUACUUGAGUGUUGCAAAGUUUUAAUUGAAAUAGAAAAAAAAAGUUGUUUCAAUUUUUUUGAUUCUUAUCGAGCAAAAUGUUUUUAUAAAGAUGUUUGGAACUAUACAUUAAAGAAUAUUACUUCAAAUGAUAACCUUGAAACUUCUCACAAUUUACUACAAUCUCUAAUUUUAUCCAAUUACUGGCAAAAUGAGCUUUAUGUUGAAAUAAUACGACUCUAUGUGAACAAAAUAGUCGAACCAAAUGAUUUCAGUUUAAGAACUUUGAUUGUUUUGUUCAAGGAAAAAGAUUAUUUAGGACACACUAAUAAUGAAUCUUAUAUGGAUGUUUUAUUUGAGUGGAUGUUGCCAUUAAAAAUACACCCGGCUUCUACUUCAGCUCUCUCAAAAGUAGAUCCGAAAUUACUUGCAGUCAUUAUUGUUUUUAUGAUAACUAAUAUUUGGAUUGACAAGUUUUUGUUUACUGAAAUUUGUUUGGACAAUAUAAGUACAAACAAUAUUAAUAAUAUAUAUUUUUACUUAAAAUUACAAGAUAUUCCAAGAAUAAUGCCAAAGUCAUCUGUGGAGUUAGAAAGCAAAAAUGAAAAACCAAUAUUUAAUGAUAAAAUUUCUCUUCAGUUAGAAAAUUAUUUUACCCAAAUUAUACUACUCAAAGAUGAACCUAAUAUAAAUGUGCUCAAUACACUAUUUGAAAAUAUUAACCUUGUGUGUUUUGUUGAAAAUCAACUAUUAAAACUUGAUAUUAGUUCUACACAAUUUAAACCUAUUAGAUUGAAAUUUCUGGACAAGAUCAGUGAUAUAUUAUCUAAAAUAAUCAACAAUUUCAAUGAUAAUGAUAAAGAAGAAUUUAUUAAAAUUUGUUCUCAAUAUUAUGAAAGAUUAAGUGUUAUAAAAAAUGAAUUACUGUAUGAAAUAAUUCAACACAAAUCAAACAAACAAAUCAUGCAGAAACUUAAUAAUUUAAGUGACUAUAAAGUUCCUCUCUUAGAUACCAUAAAAGUAUUAGAGUACAAUUCUCUUACCAAACACCAAGUUCUAUGUAUAAAAGCUAAUCAAGUCAUGUUAAAAUUAUGUUUGUUCGAAUAUUGUAAAACUAAUGAUCGAAAAAAAAUUUUAUUGGAGGAAUUAUUAAAUCACUUUGAAAAUAUGGAAAAUCAUAUUUUUUCGCAGCCUUAUAAUUUUUACAAAGUUUCAAAUUUUAUUCAUGGAGUCUACAGUAUAAAUAAUUUAACUGAAGGAACAUUGAUUCGAGUAAACAAAUUGCUAAAACAACUCGCUAAACAUUGGUGCUCUCAUAAAGAUGGUUUUAUAAAAAUUGUAGUACUUUUACAAGAUGCUGUUUUUAGAACUAAUCAGUUUAAAGAAAAUGUAGCUUGUACUAGUAAUUUACUUUUACUUAUAAAAUCAUUGCAAAAAGUUACCUUUGGAAAAAAAUGUGGACCUACAAUGAUUUGUACAUUUGUAGAUUUUUUGGGAAAUUUUGCCAUUUCAAGCUAUGGAUGCUUUGGCACACAAUGGUCAACUGUAAAUGUUGAAUGUUUCAGUCCAGAAUCUCUAUUGAAUUAUUUAAGGAGUCCAUUUGUUGAAGUUAGGAUUGCUGUUGUAAAAUAUUUGUAUAUUAUAUGUGAUGUUUAUGAAAAAAAUCCUAAUGCUUAUAGCAUAAGUUAUAAAGAAAUGAUUAAUAUUGUAUUAAACAAUAUCCAUGAAGGAUUCACAGUAAAUUCUGAUAUUUCUGAAGAAGAACAGGAAGAUGAGCGUUUAAAUAGGACUUCAACAUACAUGCUUUGUAUGCAAGCAUUAAUUUUAACUAGCAAUACAUUUAGAAAAGAAUGUUUGUUUGAAUUACUUUACACUGUCAACAAAAAAAAUCUUGAUAUAAAUUUGUUGUAUAAUUUACUUGAUGGUAUUACUACUGAGUUCAAUUUAAAUUCUUAUAUAACUUUAUUAGAAGAUUAUUUGAGCUAUUUGUUAUGGAAAUGGAAUUCAACAUUUACUAGCCUUAAUGAAUUUCCAUUCAAAAUAUUUGCUUGCAAUACUUUAGAAAUUUUUUACUAUAAAUACAUUUCUAAAGUUUUACCUAUUUUUAUUGUUAGUAAUAAUAUUGAUUCAAUUAAAAAAUUUAAAAACAUAAAUCAAAUUUUAAAGGAAUACUUUGCUCAAAUCUACACUUCAUUAAUGAUUGUUAAAUCAAAAAGUGAUAGCAGUAAUUGUACAGAAACAGAAAGUUUUAUUGAAAAUGUUCUGGGACAAGUAACAUUUAAUGAUCUCAUCAAGUCAUCGUUUACAAAUAUUUUACUACAAUGUACUCAAAUGAUUGAUAUUGAAGAGCAUACUGAUUAUCCAAUUGAAAUAAAUAGAAAACAAUUUUUAAAAAUAAUUAAUAUUUUUCAAGAAAAUCUUAUAAAAAGUAAAGUGUCAUUGCUCAUAAUUAUGUCAAAAAAACAACCAAAUUCAAUUCAAAAUAUUGUUCAUACAUUAUAUGUAAAUAUUUUCAAAAGGACUACCAUAGAUUUAAAAUGUCAGGUUUUUUUUCAAUAUACAAUAUUUAUGAAAAUUCUUAUAGACGAGCUUAUAAAUGAUAUUAGGUUAAAUGACUUUACAUUUUUUCUUGUAAAUCAGUCAGUUCAUGCUGUAGUAAUAUUAUUAAAUCAAAAAAAUUCAGAAAUUAAGUAUCAUGCUUUUGAAUAUUUAGAAUGGCUUCUUAUUAAUCUAAAAAAUAAUUUAUUUUUAAAUAAAAAUUUAUCUCAUUUAUAUAAACUUAUAUUAAAUGUUGUAAAACAUUCUUUAAAAGAACCUUCACCUAUUGAUAAAUUUGCUCACAAAAUAUUAUCUGCCCUUCAAGAGUUUUAUAAUAUUAGUUCAAGUUUGAUUAAUACUAAGACUUUAAACAAGUCUUCUUUGGAUAAAUUAAUUAUGGAUUUUCUUUCGGAACAAACUGAAAUUGAUGAUCCUAUUCAAAGUUUAAAACAGCUGAAAUAUAAACUUAAAACAUCAGAAGAUCAGUUGCAAAUCAUUUAUAAAGAAUUUCUUACCAAACGGGGAUUUUCAGAAGACUGUGCUAAAAGUGUUUUACAUCGUCUAAUUGUUUUACUUAUAAGACUUUCCUGGUUAAAAGAUCAUGAAGUUAAGAUUUUAUCAGCAAGCUGCCUUGGAAUAUUAGGACCCUUGGAUCUAAAAACCCUUAUAUUGCAACCUGAACCUGAAAUAAUAAAGCUUACCCUAGACAUAUCUCCAGAAUAUUCUUUUUUAAAACAUACUGUUGAACUAUUAUUAAAUUAUAUAAGUGAUAGUAAUGUAUCAGUGAUGGAAGCGAGUAAUAAAGCAAUGUUUGAAAUUAUGUCUUCACAAAUAGGAACUUCAUUAAAUAAAGAUUUUGAUUCAAGUAGUGUGUAUCCAUACAAAUUUAACCAAUUUAAAGGACAAGCAUUAACUUGUUUGAAUUUUACUGAAUUUAAAGAAAAAGUAGAUAGAAAUGAUUUAUGGUGUCCUAAAAUUACCAUUUCUACUUCCUAUGAAGUUUGGAUUACAUGUUUAACUAAAACUCUUCUUUCAACUCUUCAGGGAUAUUGUCAAAGUUUACUUCUUAUAGCAGAACAUAAACCAUUAUUUUGUGAGCAAAUUAUACCACAUCUAAUUUUCUUUAUUUUAAAAGAUAAUAGUAACACUCAAGAUAUUUUUGUAAAUCAAAUAAAUAAUUUCUUUUUGAAACAUAGUGAAAUGAUAAAAAUGACAGUUGAUGGCCUUAAAAAUAGUGUUAAUGAAAAUUGUUAUGAUAAUAAUAUUUAUCGAAAUAGAUCAGCUGUUCAAUGUCUUCUUAAUAUUAUUAAUUUUGUUAGACUUCAACAAAAAGGUCCUAUUCAACAUUUAUUACCUGUUGACUAUUUAUAUAUAGCCCAAGCAGCUCAAUUUUGUUCAGCAUUCUUUACAUCUAUAAUGUACUUAGAAUUUUGGUGUGAAAUGGAAUUUAGAAAGAAUAACAUUGAUCGAUGGACUAUGUCAUUUAACCCUGUGGAUGUAAUAUCUGAAAUUUUACCCAAGGAUAUUAGUCUUUUACUACAAUAUAUCCUUAAUAAAGCUUAUAAAAAUAUUGGAGAUUUUGAUGCUAUUGAAGGAUGUGGUUCGUCUCAUCUUUUAACAGUUCCAUCACGUUCAAAUUACUAUCAAAUACUUGGAAAAUGGGAUCAUGUUAUGGAAAAUUGUGACCUACAGUUAAAUAAAAAUACAGUUGAUAAAGAUUACUUAAAUGCUCUUGCCUAUUCUGGAUUGCCAAAUAUUGCACAUAUUUUAAGUAUACAUAGUGAUAAUCCCAAUUAUGAUUAUUGCUGGCAACUUGGUAAAUGGGAUUUACCAUACAAAGGGGAAAAAUCAUUUGAAGCAUUACAUUAUCAUGCAAUGCGAUGUAUUCAUCAGAAAAAUCAUCAAGGUACGAUUCUUUUUUUAAAUGAAGCACGAUUAGCAGUAUUAGAGUCAUUUUCUUGCACCAGUUUAGAAUCAACAGCAAUUGUUUAUACACCUCUAACUAAAUUAAAAAUGCUUGAAGAUUUAGAAGACUUUAUUACCAUAGUAGAUAAAAAUGCUCUAUUGAAAAAUUGGCUUGAUCAAACUUCAAUAAAAACGAAUGACUUUGUAAACUAUAAUCUAAUUCUUACCCAACGUUCUAUUUUAUUGGAUCUAAAUGCUGAAGAAACAGCUGGAAUAUUGAGAUUAAAUAUAGCAGAACUUGCCCGAGAAGAUAAUAAACUUCAAAAAGCUGGAAAUAUAUGUACUAUUGUAUCUUUGAGAAACUAUAAUAAUCAUACUACUUUAUGGGCUAAACUUGAGGAAGCUCGUUUACUAUGGCAAAGAAAAGAUCGCCACAUUGCACGUGUACUUUUAAAACAUGUAGUUGAAGAGCUAGAUAACUAUGAAUAUACAUAUCUUAAUUCAUUGGCUUUACAAUUAUAUGGUUCUUGGAUUGAAGAAACCAAAUCAGAAAAUGCACACUGUAUAAUAAAAAACUAUUUUCAAAAAGCUAUUAAACUUCUAGAUGUGGAGUCUAUCUCUGCUAAAGAACCUGGCUUAGAUUAUAGAAAAGUAUUAUUAGAUGCUCAUAAACGUUUAUCUAAGUAUACAGACACAUUGUAUCAACAAGCAUCAAAAUACUUAAAAGAAGAAGAUCUGCAAAAACGAUUAAGUGAAGUUAAAAAUGUUAAAGAAAAAGGACAUGCUCUUAUAACUAUGGGAAAAUUCACUAAUGAUAUUGAUAGAUGUAAAGCUGGAAGUUUAUUAAUGAAUCAAAGUCGUGUAGAUGAAAGUGAAAUUAGCAAUACAAAUUCUGAAAGAAUAAAUCAUUUGAAAUUAGCUUUACAGAAUUAUUUAAGGUUAAUUGAGCUAGAAAGUGAAAGUGAGCUUCCUAUUUAUAGAAUUUUAUCACUAUGGUUAGAAAAUAAAGAUAAUUUAGAAAUUAACUCAAUAGUUGAUGAGGGAUUUGAAAAAAGUCCAUCUUACAUGUUUAUAUCAGUGCUUCCUCAAUUAGUCGCUCAUUUAUCCUCAUCUGAAGAUAACAAUUACUUUAAUUUAUCAUUAAAAAAACUUCUCGAUCGUUGUGCUAAAGAACAUCCACAUCAUACAUUACCAAUUGUUUAUGCAGUUGCUAAUUCAUGUAUUGAUAGAAAAAUUAAUGGAGAAGAAAUAGAUAAAAAUGAACCCAGAAUUAAUACUGCUAAGCUUUUAAUGACUAAAUGGAGAAAAGAUAAAAAAAUUGGAAAUUUCGUUGUAACUCUUGAAAAAUUAUAUGAGGCUCUUAUAAAGUUGGCAUAUACCAAGUUUAACAAUGCUUCUCAAAAUGAAAAGCACCAAAUUCCUGAUGAAGAGUUACUUAUGAAAAUGAAAAAUAUUGAUUGCUUGUGUCCAGCUUAUACAUUGCCAUUAAAUAAAAAUGGACAAUAUUCAAAUAUUAUCAGUGUAGUAAAUUUUAAGAAUCAUUUUAUAAAUGCUGGUGGUUUACAUCAACCUAAAAAGAUUGAAUGUAUGUGUUCUGAUGGAGAAAGUAGACCAUUGCUAUUAAAAGCCAAUGAAGAUAUGCGACAAGAUGCAGUUAUGCAACAAGUAUUUUUAUUAAUGAAUAGACUUUUUAAAUUAAAUAAAUCUACAUCCCAAAGAAAACUUACUAUAAGAACAUACAAAGUAGUGCCAUUUUCUCAACAAAGUGGAAUUGCUGAAUGGUGCACAAAUACAAUGUCUCUUGGCGAUUAUUUGAUCGGUAGAAACACUAAACCUGGUGCUCAUCAAUUAUAUAGACCAAAUGAUUUACCACCAGGAGAUGCAAGAAGUAUUAUUAAAAUGUCAAAAGAUAAUAAAGAUAGUAAUUUUGCAAGAGAGAAAAAAUAUUUAGAAGUUUGUAAAAAAUUAAAACCAGUAUUCCGGUACUUUUUUUUUGAAAAAUUUGUAUCUCCUUCUAUUUGGUUUGAAAGGCGGCAAGCAUAUAUUCAUAGUGUUGCUACUAGUUCUAUGGUUGGUUAUAUUUUGGGUAUAGGUGAUCGUCAUGUACAAAACAUAUUAAUUGAUAAUGAAACCGCAGAACUUAUACAUAUUGACUUUGGUAUUGCAUUUGAUCAAGGUACACUGUUGACCACUCCAGAAACUGUCCCUUUUAGACUUUCUAGAGAUAUUGAAGAUGGUAUGGGUAUUUGUGGGAUUGAAGGAACGUUUCGAAAAUGCUGUGAAAAAACCAUAGAAGUUUUAAGGCAAAAUCAAGAUGUUAUUGUUACUGUUAUCGAAGUGCUAUUGUAUGAUCCAUGUUAUCAUUGGACUCUAACAACAGAAAAAGCGGCAAAGUUACAAGAUGAUUCAAUAAUUUCUUAUUUGAAACCUCAAGUGGUAGAAAUAAAUAAAUCAGCAGAGAGGUCUUUAAAUAAAGUUCGAACUAAAUUACUUGGCAUGGAAGAUACUGGUAGUAAAAGUAGUAUUAGUGGGCAAGUUAAUAGACUUAUACAAGAAGCAAGAGAUUAUAAAAAUUUAUCACUUUUAUUUCAUGGAUGGCAAGCUUAUUUAUAAAUAUAAUUUUAAGUUUUAAUAAAACAGUACUAAUUAUACGCACUAUAUUUAAAAAUUUUA